UGAGGUCUGGAAAGACGCUCGCGUGUGUACGGCGGGUGACACGGGACAUCUCGGCAAACCCAGACACCUUGACCUUGAAGAUGGUGAGUAGCCAGCCAAAAUACGACCUAAUACGGGAGGUUGGCCGUGGCAGCUAUGGUGUGGUAUAUGAAGCAGUGGUGAGAAAAACCUCGGCACGUGUUGCAGUGAAAAAGAUUCGUUGCCAUGCUCCAGAGAAUGUAGAGCUAGCCCUCCGUGAGUUCUGGGCACUUAGCAGCAUCAAGAGCCAACACCCAAACAUAAUCCACCUGGAGGAAUGCAUCUUGCAAAAAGAUGGUAUGGUGCAGAAGAUGUCCCAUGGGUCCAGCUCUUCACUUUAUUUACAGCUUGUAGAGACCUCCUUGAAAGGUGAAAUUGCCUUUGAUCCCAGAAGCGCCUACUACCUUUGGUUUGUGAUGGAUUUCUGUGACGGAGGUGAUAUGAAUGAAUACCUCCUGUCCCGAAAGCCCAGCCGCAAGACCAACACCAGCUUUAUGCUUCAGCUCAGCAGUGCCCUGGCUUUCCUGCACAAAAACCAGAUCAUUCACCGUGACCUGAAGCCUGACAACAUCUUGAUCUCUCAAAGCAGGAUGGAUGCCAGUGACUUGGAACCUACCUUGAAAGUAGCUGAUUUUGGGCUAAGUAAGGUUUGUUCAGCUUCAGGACAAAACCCCGAAGAGCCUGUGAACGUAAAUAAAUGUUUUCUUUCUACAGCUUGUGGCACAGACUUCUACAUGGCCCCCGAAGUUUGGGAAGGUCACUACACUGCCAAAGCAGACAUCUUUGCUUUGGGGAUUAUAAUCUGGGCGAUGCUGGAAAGGAUCACUUUCAUAGACACGGAAACAAAGAAAGAAUUGUUGGGGAGUUAUGUGAGGCAAGGGACUGAAAUUGUUCCUGUUGGAGAAGCGUUGCUAGAAAAUCCGAAAAUGGAACUGCUCAUUCCUGUAAAGAAAAAGACUAUGAAUGCUCGUAUGAAACAGCUGAUUAAGGAAAUGCUUGCCGCUAAUCCACAAGACCGUCCAGAUGCUUUUGAAUUAGAACUCCGGUUAGUCAAAAUUGCUUUCAAAGACAGCAGUUGGGACACGUGACCUCUGGAGUCCGUUUGGAGUACUUUGACCUCCUCGCAGAGUUGGAUCUGUAAGAAUGGUGCGACUUUUUCUGGGGGGAAAUCUAGACCAACCUAAAUUCAAGCUGUCAGGGUUCAGUGUAUUUAUUAUCCAUUGCAUUUCUGUUGUUUAGUUGGGGGGAGGGUGUAACUAAGCUUGACUAAGAGGCUAUUCUUGUUUUUUCAUCCAUACAUGUAUAUUUCCAGUUUGGAUAUUUCCAAGGUACAAGUGUAAUAUUAUCCAGUUGGUAAGGAAAAUUGACAAGUUAGGAGAUUGCUUUCUAGGAAUACAUUAUGGAGUAUUUCAAACAUUCCAGUUUCUUAUUAUAGAAUUUGGAACACCCGUGGAAGAAAUGAUUUGCAUGCUGGUAAUGCAAAACAUUUGACUUUGUAGAGUAAAAAAUUGUAUAUAUUUAUGUCAAUGUGAUUGUGUGUGCCCCCCCCCAGCCCAUUCCAAGUGGAGAAAAUAUGUCCAUUUUUUAUAUUACCUGAUUUGGUUGGCUGUGGCUCAUCCAUAAAUCAUAAAUAUUUAUCUCUGCUGUUUUUCUUGAAAGAAAAAUGUGAUGAUUCAAUUCAUGCCAACUGCGGUAUAAAAGGGCCUCUAACUCAGUUUCUUAGCUUCGAAGGCUUCCACAGAUAGUCUGACAGCACAUUCCAGUAGUCACGUCCCAGCAUCUUAGUUAGGUCAUUAAGCAGUCCUUCAUUUUCUGAUGAUAGUAGGUUAUUUUUAGGCCACAACUUCUGUGCAAAACUGUCCUUCAACAUAACAUUCAGUAGCAGUUUGACUUCCGAAUGAGUUUUCAUUCAUUUUUGAAAAUCUAAAUCAUGAGAAAGAAGAAGAAUUGCCUCCUGGUCUUCAGUAAAAUCCUUGCAGUUAUGAAAAUUUCCCAUAUGCUGUUUCUUGCCCUGAUGCUAAUCUCAUUUGUUACUGCCCCUCCUUUUAGCAGA